CGUACAAUCAUUUCCUCCUGCAAAUUCUCCACGUGUUGUAUCUUCUGCCUCGAGAAGUGUGGAGGUAAGCGUAAGAGACACAAAACCAAAAGGCGAAGUGAAAAAGUCCGGCAACAAAAAUGCGAAAUCUUGUGAGAUUGAAAACCAAACGAGGGAUUGUGUGUCUCCUUAUAGACUACCUUAUAGACUAAGGCGAGAUUACUUAGUUGCUUCUUUUGCGCGUAGUUUUCUUUGCGUCCGUGAAGUGCAUGCUUUCUUUGCGCCCACCCCAGCUGGUGCGUCGAACGAUUCGAAAAAUUUGUAAUUUGUAAUUUGUAAACCUAAUGAAAGGAUAGCUCUGCAGCUGCAAUAGAACGUUGAAAAUGGCGCUCGCGGUGUGCGGACAGGCUGCCACCUUGCAUGCUGGUGGGGACGGACAGAAUCAGAAUGGGGGAGAGGACCAUAAAAUAAGUCGACUAGCGAGACUGCGCAGGCAUCAAGCCAACAUCCGCAAAUGUGCGCAGGAACUGGGAAUCAGCCUCGAUAAAGACCAGUUGAGGACAUCGAAUGGUGCUAGUAGAAGUGGAUAUCGAGAUGUUGUUAUGAAGAUUGAUGCAUGAUCUUCUCCCGCGUUUUUCUUAACGCGCAGACCUACUCAGAAUCAUUUCUGCGACAUCGGUCAUCAAUAACGGCACCGACUUUACUCAGGUCACCUGCCUCGGUGCAUGUCGUCGACUUUACUCAGGUCACGUAUACAUCCUCAGAGUCGAGCCAGGUGCCGGGGGGCUUCGAUGUGCAGGAUUCACAACCUAACCUAACCUUUCUUAACGUGCAGACCUACUCAGAAUCACUACUGCUGCAUUACCUUCAUUUACUCAGCUGCAGCACACUCGUUGUUUUAUUCUGUUAUGGACCCUCUAAUUCUACCACUACCUCCUCUACGGCACAAGCGCCACCAGCAGAGGGAUCGUCGCCUCAAGCCCAGCAAGCUUCAGCUUCUCUAGCUACGUCAAAGAACCUUUGGGAAAGCAAUGGAGCAGCGAUAACAUCAAGUGGGACGUCGACGUCAUCUGCCUCUUCGUGUUCUUUUCCACCUCCUCCAAGUGCUGAUGUCCCAAAGACGUCUGGAAAAGACGCGCGGCCCCCUCUUUCCAACAACCAAAGCCUCGCGCUGUCAAAAAUUGGAGACCUACCCCCAGAUGAGCUGGCUCACCAACAACUUUUAAAGAUGAAAUACAAUUACAAUUAAGCCUCAACUUUCAAUGGUCACCAUUUAGAUUGGAGUCACUGAGAUCGAAGAGGCGACCCCUUCUUGAGAGAACAGGGGAAAACUAAGGGAAAGGGGGAGAGCUUUGAACGAAGGUUGCCUCUUCCGUUCAGAAUCAGUGGCCACUGACUGCUGAGCUUUAAUACAAUGACACCUACAACAGCACUUCCUACCCCUUAGCACAACAACAAACCACUUCAUCAUCAUCCUUCCUAGCACAACAACAACAAAACCUACUUCUACCUGAGGAGAAUUCAGUCUCGACGACUUGUCCUGCAUCGUCGACUUGUCCUGCAUCGUCCCCGGACUCCAUUUCUAGAUCUCCGGACUUCCCGGAACAUCUCGCAGAUAUAAUCGGCUCCCUGAAUGUCGUGAAGCGAAGUCCUAGUACAAUUCCGAAAAGUCCAACCACAUCUGCAUUGCUGGAGAGUCGUGGUCGUCUAGCUACUUCAGCAAGCUGCUCGUCACCAUGUGACAUUCUCGAAGAAGAUCCGGACGUGGUACUUUGGGAUGAUUUAACAGUGUAGCUACUUACGAUCUAAGAUUGUAGUGUAUCUUGAGAUUUAAGAUUGUAGUGUAUCUUUUCCUCCGGUUUUUCGAAGAACUACGCUUUUCAUUUUCAAGGCAAACGCAACAGGAUCAUGAUCUUCAACAACAUCAAGCAUACUUAUGCAAUCCAGGUGAUAGAGCGUAUCAAAGCGAGGCUUGGCAUAGUUCGGAAUUCCACCGACUACGACGUGCAAUUUCCAACAGGAACUACAUCAAAAAGCAGAGACGAAACUGGCGAACGAAUUUCUGCAACGAGGUCGUUGUUGCCACACCACCUCCGAAAGUUGUUAGUCACUGAGGAGUCGAGCCGUUCUAGCACGUUCUUUAGCAAUAGUUCUAGCUCGCCUCUGUUAACAAGACAGGAGAUCAGUGAUUGGAGGCGAACAGGGGAAAGUCGACCAACCGCUGUACUAGAGCAAAUGAGCCAACAAUUAGAAGACUGUAACGAGUGGGGUAGAGAAAAGCGUAUUUCCUUGGAUCGAGCACCUUUAGUUCGGAAUAGUGUUUCGAAUACGGCCAUGCUAGCACAGGAGGCAAGGCAGGACCCUGUUUCUGACAGGUCCUCUCGAGAUGCAAAUUAUACAAAUACGGAGUCUCUACAUCAUGGUGUAGUACAUGAGGACCAGCAGCACUGCAUCCAGAAGAGCGUUGAUCUCAACCGGCCGCCUCUGGAUGCCGGUGUGUUCGCGGAGGUGUCUUCAAGCAAGGCAUCGACUUCCGAUAAGAAUGCGCAUAGGGACAGCAGUCCAGCGGCAUCAUCUACAUCACCUCUCUUAUGUGAACAUUCAAAGCGAAGUCCCAGUGUUCGUGCGCACAGUGUUCGUGCAGGAGAAGCUUCAGUGUCUAGAAGUAGCCGACUCGGACCUGCUAGUGAGAAGAAAUUCGACCAUGGGCUUGUGUCGCGAUCAAUUGACAACAUCUCUGUCUCCGAUAUCCAAGCUUGUCUACGCUCUUUUGACGAUUUUCGCCUAGCUUCUCCACCGGAUUGUUCUGCGAGAAGUACAACAGGACAACGAUAUAAUGACGAAGAUUCUUCAUCUAGAGAAAAAGAAGAGCAGGCACAUCCAGCACAACAUCGACUAGUAGACAAUACUACUGCUACUGGAAGGCACGACGAGCCACAUGGACCAGAAGUACAACGAACACAUUCUGAAUUUGAAGCGCCUCAAGUACAUGGGACGAGAGGGGAACAUCACAAUGAUGAGGUUGUACUUCACGCGGACGAUUCUAUUCUAGCUGCACAACAACCGCCACAACAUCAACUUCAACAUCAAGAUUCUGAGCUUGGAGAUCUGGUUGCUGGUCUAGAGUCACCCUUUCGGAACAAUCGUCAAGGUAGUUUAGAUCAUGACGUCCGGCGAUCGUCUUUCGUUCCUUCGGUGAUGGGCGCAAGCCUCUUUGAGCUUUCUGUAGACAGCUGGAUCCAAGAUCGACGCGGUGAUCUCGCUGAAGUGGAAGAGGAGUUAGAGAUGUUCCGUGGAGUCCACGAAGAAGCCAACAUCAAGAACAACGAGGUGGAGAAGGUGGCCGAAGCAGGAACAACUGCGGAGGAUAUUAAUGUUGCUCCUCCUAGUCCUCCAGGUCCAAAUCAGAUGGCUGCAAAUCAGAUGGAGGAGGAAAAGCCACGUCCUCUUCAGCUUCUUGGAGAGGAAGUGCCAGUGGUGCGGGAUAAGAUGAAGCAGAGUCUUGCUCCUGGUGUACAAGUAAGCUCACCUGCUUCGAGGCCAUUAAGCUGCUCAUCAUGCAGGAUCUCUCAUCUUCCAGUCUUUUCCGUGGACCCUAUAACGUUAGAGGAAGGGAACAAUGCUGCUCAACAUUGUUACCGUUCUGUUGCAGACACUAGCAGUUCAGCAAUGGUGAAGAUGCCCAUUUCUGGAGAUUCCCAUGGAGACGUGGUCCAGUCUCCAGGAAUGACGAUUAGCGUAUUAGCUCAGCCUCAGACGGCGAGCGGGAGCGAUCCGUCCCUCGUUGAUCUGCAGGCACUUCCCACAGACAAAGCUGCAGCUGAUCUUGAUGUUGACUGUACGAGCGAACACACACCACCUGUAGGAGAGGUGCCACCUAGCGUUCCAUCGCGUCCUCAGAAAAAGCUGUCCACUUCAGCCCUCAGCGUCAUUGACAUUUCUGCAGCAACAAGUCGGUUGAGUGCCAGUCAGGGCCUGAAGGAGUGUCGCCGACCCUCACAGCUUUCACGUCAACAUUGCUCAGUCGUCAUUGACGUUCCUUCGGCGACUGAAGUUGAGCUGCCGAGGAAAGAUCGUAUAGGGGAGGAACAAGUGCAACUACCGGAUAAAGCACCACAGACUAUCCCCAUAGCUGUGUCCUCACAGGUACCGUCAAAAGUCGAGAACAAAAUCAUGAAGGAACUUUCAUCUGAUUCUCUGGCUAUUCAACAAACACCUUGUCAAACUGAUCAGCGAGCAGUCCAAGCAUCUUCUUCAUCUUCAUCCUCGAAGAAGAGUCUUCUCCUACUGCAAGAUGACUAUCCUGGGAAUGUCGAUGUUCCGCUGUCCUCUACUAGUAGUUCUAGUACGCAACGACUUAGCUUUAGCAAAAGCAACCAUGCGCCAACUUUCUGUCAUGAACCGAAAGAUGCCAUGUAUCGUACUUACUUGAUCUACAGAAACCAACUAGAGCGGAUUCGUGCGACCCUCUCUGCUGCAUCUCAUGCACCGGGUCGCGCGAUUCACUGAAGCAGGUGCGUAGAUAGUACUAGUGAGCAGCGCAAGUGGAGAGGCGAUGACACUGUGUUGAUGAAAUCAAUAAAUAUUGAUACUCCAAUUAUAAUUAACGACAACUUUUUUUCGGUCUUGUCGAAGAAUUUGCAGUUUUGUGUACCUACUAAUAUUGGCAUUCACUGACUCAGUGAAGCAGUUGCGUCGAAAUAUGGGCUAAGAAUACCCUUGUAUAUCAUGUUGAUUUCGCUUACUACAAUAAAUGUUCUUUGAUUUUGGUAUUGGUUCGAUGCUGAUGCUGUAGUUGAAACAUUUUUCACGCUCUUGAUUCCUUGAUUGUUUGAAAUUAUGAGAUUUCUAUUUCCUCGAGUGUUUUUUCAGACAAACGAACAAUGCGGGAAGACCUCUUUCAAAACGGUGGAUAAUGAAUUCAGCAAAAGUAUAAGGCAUUUUUCUUCACCAGUAUGGAUACGCUUCAUCGCAAUACGGAUACGCCGCAAUCUGAGGAACUUUUAACAGAAGUUGCAAAAACAAGCGCAGCGACGUUCACGUUAAUAGGAGUUCCAAGAACACGAGCAACGACGUUCAU